CUCCAGCUCCUGCAGACGCUGCAGCUCCCGGCCGCAAUCUCUCCGUAGCAGCGGCCAGGCGCAUCGCAGGCACUCGGCUUUCCCCUCACCCUGUCCCUCCCAGGCACUGCCCAGCGCCCCGGCAGCACGCAGCGGCAGGCGAGGCUGGCACACGGCUGCCCGGUGCCCCUCCAGCCGGGCUCCCUCCCCGCUCCCGGACCCGGCGCGGCCCGUGGGCUCUCCACGGGGGACGCCCGGUGCCGCCGCGCCGCAGCGGAGCGCUCAGGCCCGCGGCAGGCCGUGAGGCACCGAACGGCUUCUCCCGCCCCUUCCCCUCCCGCCUGCCCCGCAGCGGGCGUGGUGCCCGCGGCUGAGGCCCGGCGGCGCGGAGCGGCAGCGACAGACUGCAAGAAAAUUCCCAGCUGCCUUGCUGCAAACUCCCAAGGAAGGCACAACUGAAGGCAGGCUCCUCUGUCAUGGUGAACGAGAGGCACAAUGGCAACCUGCUUGUGCAGCUGGGCCCCAGCCUGCAGGCCUGCCCGCAGGAGCUGCUGCGGCAGCGGCGGGGCCGCGACGGCCAGCCCGAGUACCUGAUCCAGUGGAGCGUAGUCAGCUUGGAAGAGAGAGCAGCAGAAGGAAGCAGCACCUCCUCCACAGAGAGCAAGCCAGAGAAGAUCUCGCUGUGGAUGUCUGCAGAAGAGGUCUGUGCCAGCUGCCCGGCGUUGCUGGGCAAGAGGAAGCUGGCAGGGCAGUGGGUGGAGGAGGCGGCGGCCUGCCCGCUGGCUGCAGAUGUGCCGGGGGACCAGGAGUGGCUGCUGGAGAUGAAGGCUGAUGUCAGGAGCCUGGUGCGGCGAGCUGGCCGGCAGAUGGCCGAGACCGGCGCCCCCGAGGCCUCCAUCCUCAACACCGUCCACGUGCUGAGCGCCUACGCCAGCAUCGGCUCGCUGGCAGAGGCCUUCAGGGAGGCAGGGGCCCUUGACCUGCUGAUGAAGAUGCUGUGCCACCAGGAGAAGGAGAUCCGCCACAGUGCCGGCAAGAUGCUGAGGGCCCUGGCUUCACACGAUGCAGGGAGCUGGGCCUAUGUCCUGCUCUCCCUGAGCCAGCAGGAGGGCAUUGAGCAGCACAUGGACUUUGAGAGUCGCUACACCUUGCUGGAGCUGUUUGCGGAGACAACAUCCUCUGAGGAGCACUGCAUGUCCUUUGAGGGGAUUCACCUUCCCCAGAUCCCUGGGAAGCUGCUGUUCGUCCUGGUGAAGCGCUACCUGUGUGUGACGUCUCUCUUGGACGAGCUCGGCAGCGGCACGGAGCAGGGUGGGGAGCAGCAGCAGCAGGGUGGCGCCGUGGCCAGCCCGGUCCCGGAGGAGAGGAGCCGUCUGAAGCAGGAGUUCGAGCUCAACAUGGCCAUGGCCAGCCUCAUCCUGGAGCUGGCGCAUGCGGUGGGCUGGGAGCAGGGGCAGCGGCCAGAGCCGCCGCCGCGGCCUGUCGCCGCACACUGCAUUUUCCAGCGCAGGGCCGCCACCGCCCCACCACGGACGCCCAGCGCCUGCAGGCCGCGCUCGGCCCCCUCGAGCCGCAGCGGCUGUGCCGAGCACGUGCGGGCGCACACGGGCCACGAGGGCCCCUUCUGUCGGAGCCGCGAGGGCACGGCGCACGCGCAGGUGUACGGGCGCGGCCUGGGCUCCGCCUGCCGUGUUCACUGGCCCACGCUGGAGAUGGUCUGCGCCGAGCGGCGGGAGGAGACGUCUGCUGUGCCGUGCGACCGCGGACCGGCAGCAGCUGCGCGGCCGUUGUCGUGCGAGGCCUCCGGGGGGCUGCAGUCCCUGCCUGCCGUGCGGGAGCAGCGCAGCAGGGCUGCAGAGGCGCUGAGCCGUGCGGAGUGGUGGGAGCUGCUCUUCUUUGUGAAGAAGCUGGAAGCAGAGGAGCAGAAGGAGCUCAUCAGCCUCAUCCAGCAGGAGCAGGGAGAGCAGCUGUUGGAGGUAGAUGAAGAAGGUCUGCUCCAGCUGUCAGUCCCUGCAGAGCUGGCCCAGAAGGUGCUGCAGGAGGUGGAGAAGCGGUGCCAGGGCAGCACUCGGUGUGACCUGCGUGGCUCCCACAUCUACACCAAAUACUUGCUCGGUAGGGGAGCUGAGCAGGACGGUGCAGGGAGCACCGCAAUGUCCUCUGAAGGUGCCGUCUCUGGGAGCUUUGUCCCUGAAGCCACAGUGGCCAAGGCAGCAGAGAACCUCUCUGCAGCAAAGGAGACCCUUUCUGCAGCCGCGGGGCCACCCCGAGCCCCUGCUGCAGCGGCCAAGUCGGAUGCGCAGCUGUUCAGCGAGCUCCUGGAGAGGGAAGGGCUGCUCUUGCCAGAGGUGACCGAGGAGCGAAGCAGAGUGCUGGGCAGCUGCAAGGGCGUGAGCGAGAGGAGCUCGCUGGCCCAGGUGGUAGCCCUGGUGGACAUGGUGCAGAGCAGGAGCUCGGAGGUAGGGCUGUGCUUAGAUGGGCUGAAGGACAUGCUGAAGUUGCUGGAGGAGGAGCCUGAGCAGCAAGCGGGCGAAGUGCAGGAUGUGCUGGUGACCAGGAGCGUUGGGGAGAAGGUGGUGAAGGUGGCAGUGGAGCUGCUGAGCAGCGAGGAGGCAGAGAAGGCGCUGGUGGUGGUGACGCUGCGGCUGCUGGCCAUGCUGCUGGCCAAGCACGACUGGCGGGUGGCGUUCGGCACGGAGGGCGGCGUGCGAGCCGUGCUGGCCUGCAUGCGGCGGCACAGCUGCUCUGCCCUGGUGCAGCAGGCAGGCCUGGCGGCCCUGAAGGUGCUGGUUGGCGCCGAGGGCGGCAGCCCGGGAGGCGCUGGUGGGAAGCCCUCGUCCCUGAGCCACGGCGACGCGCAGAUGAUGCGGGAGAUCUUUGCCAGCAUCGGCUCUGCCUGCGGCGAGAGCUCGGCGAGCCUGCUGAGCGCCAUCCCUGCUGCCAUGAGCACCAUGCAGAGGGUGCCAGGGGGCUCGUCUGGCGUCCAGAACGGGCUGCUGGUGGUGCAGAUGCUGCUGGAGGAGCACCGGGGCCUGGCGGAGCAGCUGUGGGGCUGCGACCUGCCCGGGGUGCUGCAGAGCUGCUGGCGGGACGGGCAGGGCAGCGACUGCCCCGACGCGGCGCUGGCCCUCGGCGUGAUGAACCGCCUGGCGGAGCGGCAGCUGCCCCCGGGCACGGCAGGCAGAGAGGCCCCUCUGGAGCUGGGGGAGCUGCAGCUGCUGCUGGGUGGCCUGGGGGACGGUGUCUGGUCGAAGGACGUGGUGGUGGCCCUGGAGCGGCAGCUGUGCGGUGCCGGCAGCGUCCCCUCCGGGCAGGUGUGGCAGCUGCUGCGGGAGCACAGAAGCUUCAGGCUGCUGCUGCGCAGCCUGGAGCUGCUGGGAGCAGAGAAGGCUGUGAGCCUGGGCGUCCUCAGGAUCCUGAACAAGCUGCUGGCCAGUUACCAGGAGGAUGUGCUGCCGUGGCACGAGUGCGUGGAGCCCUGUUUGUCCUCCCUGAGUGCCCACAGCAGUGACCAGGAGGUCCUGCAGGAGGUGGUUGGCUUCCUGCACGGCCUGGCCAGCGCAGCAGGGACUGCGCGGGUGGUGAUGUGCAGUGCGGGCACCCACCUGGCCCUGAGCAAAGCCCUGGCCAAGCACAGCACGGUGCCGCCGCUGGCGCCGGCCCUGCUGGCCCUGCUGACCGACUGCGAGAAGCUCGCCAGGCUCUGCAGGAGGCUGAGCAGCAGCAUCCUGGCCGGCUGCAUGCAGCUGGUCCUGGGGCAGAUCGAGGAGCACCGCCGGAGCCAGCAGCCCAUCAGCAUCCCCUUCUUCGACGUGUUCCUGCGCAGCCUGUGCCGAGGCUCCAGCGUGGAGGUGAAGGAGGAGAAGUGCUGGGAGAAGGUGGAGGUCUCCUCCAACCCUCACCGUGCCAGCAAGCUCACGGACAGGAACCCCAAGACGUACUGGGAGUCCAACGGCAGCACAGGCUCCCACUUCAUCACUGUCCACAUGCAGCGUGGGGUGGUGGUCAGGGAGAUGAGCAUGCUGGUGGCCAGCGAGGACUCCAGCUACAUGCCGGCGCGUGUGGUGGUGCUGGGAGGAGACAGCCCUGCCAGCGUCCGGACGGAGCUCAACUCGGUGACAGUUCUGCCCUCGGACAGCAGAGUGAUCCUGCUGGAGAACGUGUCCCAGUUCUGGCCUGUCAUCCAGAUCCGAGUGAAGCGGUGCCAGCAGGGCGGCAUCGACACUCGUGUGCGUGGCAUCGAGGUGCUGGGUCCCAAGCCCACUCUCUGGCCCAUCUUCAGGGAGCAGCUGUGCCGGCGGACGUUCCUCUCCUGCACUGCUCUGGCUCAUGCCUGGUGCCAGGAGAUCAGCCGAGACCGGGGGCAGCUGCUGCAGCUCUUUGGCAAGCUGAACCGAGUGCUGCAGCACGAGCAGAGCUUCGCUGAGCGCUUCCUUCCUGAGGAUGAGGUGGCCCAGGCCUUGGGCAGGACGUGCUGGGAGGCCCUGGUGAAGCCCUUGGUGCAGAGCAUCACCAGCCCAGACCCCAGCGGCAGCAGCCCCCUGGCCUGGCUGCUGACUGAGUACCUGGAGAGCGUGGAGUGGCCUGGCCCUGCCAGCAGCCGCGGUGCCGCCUUCGGGUGCCGCGUGCGGCGCCUGACCCAGCUCCUGGUGCACGUGGACCCGGACGGCCCGGACCCGGGGGAGGCCAGAGCAGCUGGUGGGAAGGAGGGCAAGGACAAGGAGGUGCCUGCCAGCACUGCCAGGGCAGCGGUGGAGAAGUCAGGCAGCCUGUGGGGCAUCUCACAGUGUUGGCAUGGGGUGGUGCAGCAGCAGGUGCAGCGGUUCCUGGAGCUGGCAGGGCAGGCGCCAGACCUGGUGGAGCGCUACUGCCAGCUGUACCAGCGCCUGCGCCGAGCCACGGAGGAGCUCUUCGGGCAGCAGGCCUCCUUCCUGCUGGCCCUGGGCCAGGGCUUCGCGGGGGCUUUGGUGCAGCUGCCCUUCCUCGCUGCCCUGCACGUCAGCGAGCAGUUUGCCCGCUACCUGGAUGGGCUCGUCCAGGAGCUCUGCGGGGCUGCAGGCAGCCUGGGGCCACCACAGCGACUGCAGCAGAUCCUGGAGCCCUUCGUCGCCAUCGGCGGCCUGGAGCUCGCCCACACCUUCGAGCACUUCUACCGGCACUACCUGGGGGACAGGCUGCUGGCGCAAGGAGCAUCCUGGCUGGAAGGAGCCAUCGUGGAGCAGCUUGGGCUGUGCUUCCCCAGCCGCUUCCCCCAGCAGAUGCUGAGCAACUUGGCCCAGUCGGAGGAGCUCCAGCAGCAGUUUCGCCUCUUCCGGCUGCAGGAGCAGGACAAGCAGCUGCUGGAGCUGGCCCCGAGCCUGGAUGGGGCAGCGGGGACAGGCUCGGUGGCAGACGUGCCAGAGGUGAAGGUGCUGACCUUGUCCCCGCGCUGCUGGCCUGUGUCCCCGCUCUGCCACAUGGACGAGCCUGGCAGGUUCUUCUCGGCAGCGCUGAGCUCCCCCCUGGACGAGUUUGCCACCUUCUGCAGGCACAGCCAGGCCUGGCUGGGCUGGGAGUGCACCAAGCCCCGGCGGCUGCAGUGGACGUGGCUGGGCCACGCUGAAGUGCAGUUUGGAGACUGCAUCCUCCAUGUGUCCACGCUGCAGAUGUACAUCCUGCUGUGCUUCAACAGUGCCCAGGAGGUGGCUGUGGAGACCCUGCUGCAGGCCACAGGGCUCCCUGCUGACCUGGUGCACCAUGCCCUGGCACCACUGACCCACAGUGAUGGCAUCCUGGUGGGGAGCUGCACGCCAGGAGCUCCAGGUGUGCUGCGGCUGAAGCCGGAGGCUCUGGCCCAUGCCUCUGGCCCCCACCUGAGGCUGCUGCCCCAGCAGAGGUACCUACAGUCAGAGAGGGCAGAUACCAGUGUCCUGGAAAGGAAGAGGAACGUCCUCUGCUGCCUCAUCACCCGCAUCCUCAAGGUGGAGAAGCAGCUCCACAUUGACAACCUGGUGUUCAGGGUGACCGAUGCCUGUCGGAAGGGGGAGCUGGGGCCAGGGCUGCAGUUCCUGAGCUUCUGCUGCCACAGUGUGGAUGUGCUGUCCUGUAUCCUGCACCUGCUGCACCAGGGUUACAUCCGGCGCCAGGAGGAGAAGCCUCACGUCCUGGAGUACAUCUCUGCUGAGCCUACGACGCCCUUUGGGGGGCAGGCGCAGGUGGUUUUCCAGGGUGGACCACCAGCGGCAUCGCCAAAAGAGGACAGCAUGGAGUCCCCGUGCUGGCUGAACCCUGGCAUCAGUGGACUGGAAGAGUUUCUCGUAGCAACACUGCAGGUGCCAAUGGGGCAGACACUUAGUCCAGAGGAGGCCAAGCUGCUCAUGAACCAGACAGUACAGCAGGUCCAGGAUACUCUGAGCAUUUCGGGUGAUGUUGCUUGGCACCUCCUCAUGCACUGCAGGUGGAAUGUGGAUUUCCUGAUCCAGUGCUAUGUUGAGAACUCUGAGGCCCUGCUCAUCUCCUCGGGGCUGCAAGUGAGGGAUUCCCAACCUCCACCAAGCCCAGGAACCCACUGCCCAGUCUGUGUGAACCAGCUGUGUCCCACUGAGAAGCCACCAACUCUCUGCUGCAUGCACUACUGCUGCAAGCCCUGUUGGAAUGAGUAUCUCACCACUCGCAUUGAACAGAACAUGAUUGUCAACUGCACCUGUCCCAUCUCUGAGUGCUGUGCACAGCCGACUACAGCCUUCAUUUGUUCCAUUGUUUCUUCUGAGGAGAUUAUAGCCAAGUAUGAAAAAGCUCUCCUCAGAGGUUACGUUGAGUGUUGCUCCAACCUGACAUGGUGCACCAACCCUCAGGGCUGUGAUCAGAUCCUUCUUAAGGAUGGACUUGGCUAUGGAGCAGCCUGUUCCAAGUGCUCCUGGAUAUCCUGCAUCAACUGCAAUUUCCCAGAGGCCCAUUAUCCUGCCAGCUGUAGCCACAUGUCUCAGUGGGUGGAUGAUGAUGGGUACUAUGAAGGCAUGACAAGUGAAGCCCAAAGCAAACACCUGGCUAAGCUCAUUUCAAAGCACUGUCCAAGCUGCCAGGCUCAGAUAGAGAAAAAUGAAGGGUGCCUGCACAUGACGUGUGCAAAGUGUAGUCAUGGCUUCUGCUGGCGUUGCCUGAAGCCCUGGAGGCCAACUCACAAGGAUUACUACAACUGCUCUGCUAUGGUGAGUAAAGCAGCUUGGCAGAAGAAACGUUUUCAGGAUUACAAUGAGAGAUGCACAUUUCAUCAUCAUGCAAGGGAGUUUGCUGUGAACCUGAGGAGAGAGUUUCUUCCAUCUGUGAGAUGCCCCAAAAUUAGUUCUUUGACCUUUGUUCUUGAUGCCUGUAAAGUACUGGAACAGGCACGGAAGGUUCUGGCCUACUCCUGUGUGUACAGCUACUAUAACCAGGACAUUGAGAGCAUAGAUAUUGUGGAACAGCAGACUGAGAUCCUAGAGCUGCACACUAACGCUCUACAAAUCCUUCUGGAGGAAACCCUGCUGCAGUACCAGGACUUGACCUCUUCUCUUCGCCUCCUGAAAGCAGAGCACUUCAGUGCUGGUUUGGAGGUGGUACGCCAGAUCAAGGAGCGGCUCUUUGCCAUUCUUUGGCACUCCACACAGGAUUUCCACGUUGGACUCCAGACUUUGGCAGAUUCCAGCCAGAGAAAGGUGGAACUCUCAAAUGUGCCUACUUCAGCCCCUGCCUGUACAGGGCCAGAAGGUAGCAUCCUGUGUGACUCCCCCAACACAAAUGAAGACAACAAAGACCUUGAAGAUGAGUAUGAGCUGCAGUGGCAAGAGGACUAUGAUGAUGAUGACGAUGAUGAUGACGACGACCUUGAUGAAGACAACUUUCUGUUUGAUGCUGAGUCAGAGAACCUCGACUGUGACUCCUACUUUGAUGAUGAAGAUGCCUAUGACUAGAAUUGGGCUGUGACCCAGCCUGCCAGCCUGGACUUCUGCCUCUACUCUGUCUUGCCCAGUUUGUAUUGGCAUCUUUCCUCAAAGACUGUGAGGAGCUCUCAGGCAGAGCAUGGAGCCAUCCCCUCUGGGGGCACCCCUUCAGUAUACAGCAGCAUUGCUCUGGACUGCUGGGCUGCGUUACUGCGGCUGCCUCUCAGGGAGACAUCUCCUUGCCUUUCUCCCUUGUCUCCAUUGCUUCCCAUAGCUAGCUGAUGGAGCUAGAAGGUCACAGUCCAGCUGCAAAGUAAGCACUUCUCACCACUGCUUACAGAACUGGCACUGUCCUUGGGCAUGUUCUCCCCAAGGACUGGGCACGAGUAAAGGUGGCACCUUCCCAUCUAGACAGUGUCUAGUGAUGUGUUUACUCUCAAGUCAAAGCCUCCCAUCUGGAGCUGGUGAGGUGCCACAGAUGGGUGUUGUUCCAGUGCAUUACUCUAGUUGACAGGGACAGCUUCUUCUGCUGUUUUUAUUGGAGUUGUCCUCUCUGCUGUGAAGCAGGAAGGGCUGCCAUGAGCAGGACUCUUUCAAAGUGCAUCACUGUCCACAGAGACACACAUCUAUGAGGUGCAUCUGUAGUUAUGCACCUGCAGAGGUUGUUCAGGUAAUCCUUUAUCUUUGAGAAGAAGAAAACCCUGAGGAGCAAGGGAUGAAAAAGCUUCUGUUUAAAAAAGAAAUAGUUCUGUUUAAGAAAACAGUUUUCUUCUA